AUGAACCUUCUCCAAAACUGCCUCCUUCAAGUUGAUAUUGUUCAUCAAGAUGAAACGAUUCCCCCUACACCAUUACCCAUUACCACUAUUGCUCUUCUUCAGGGUGAUCAGGGACAAUCCAACUCCAACUUUGAAACUACCAUGAUUUCCCAACUUUCCUUAUUUGUGCACUUAACUCAGGUAAUGGUUAAAAGGUUGACUAAAGUUGAAAGGGAUGUCGCUACAAUGAAGAGACUUACGAAUUUGGAUAAUGGUGAUGAUGAUAUGGUGUUUGAUAACACUCCACCAAAUUCUCUAGGUGAUAACCCUCCUCCACCUCCACCUCCAUCAACAAAUCUUCCUCCACCAUCUCAUCCUCCUCCAAGAACUCAUUCUCCUCCUCCUAACUCUCCUCCCCAAUCUGACGCUGCCAAAAAUGCGGAGAAUAAUCAAGGGGAUCCUCAGUCUAUGAAAAUGCAGGUGGUGAUUGUACCAACUCCAUCUCAGCUUGAGAUGAUUGGAAAGGUUGAAGCUGAAAAUGAAAUUGAAAAACUGAUUGUUGCUACUGAUGUUGAUGCUACAACCAAUCAACCCAUUCCAGACACUGGUGACCAACUAGAAACUGGUGGCUAUGAAGGGUUUCUGGAUCUUGGUUUCAUGCAACACGAUGUUGUUUUUUCUAUUCCAUUAAAUGUUGUCUAUGUUGGUUCUUGUUUUGAGAGGGAGAUUUCUUAA